AUGAAAUCGCGACCAGAUAGUACCCAAGCGCCAAUACCAAUGGAGUUCGAACAAAACAAUGGCGUACAUCGCAUGAGAGCGCGACCAGAUAGUACCCAGGCACCGAUGCCUGUGGAAUACGAACGCGAUAAUGACAUACAUCACAUGGAUGCACCACCGCCAUACACUGCGAAAGAGCUGACCGGCUCAAUACCGCAGCCAGGAGAUACUGGUGUAACAAACGAUGGUCGCAUCGACAUUGACCUCAACUCAAGACUCACCAAGACACUCGUCAAGCUCGUGCCAAAGCAUGAAAAGGAGGAACCCGAAUUAAGUCGCCGAUAUACCAUCAGCAGAUUAUGGAGUAUCCGUCUGAAUAUCGUUAUCCAAGUUGUAGGAAGUCGAGGCGACGUGCAACCGUUCAUUGCUCUAGGUCAAGAGCUGCAAAAGUACGGACACCGUGUUCGAAUAGCGACCCAUAACACAUUCGAGAGCUUCGUACGCGAGUCGAACCUAGAAUUCUACCCUAUUGGAGGAGACCCGAAAGAGCUCAUGGCAUACAUGGUGAAGAACCCAGGUCUGAUACCUUCGAUGAAGAGUCUUCGCGAAGGCGACAUCCAGAAGAAAAGAGACAUGAUUACGGAGAUGCUCUACGGCUGCUGGCAUUCAUGUAUCGAGCCGGAUCUAAAGACUGGGCAGCCAUUUGUGGCAGAAGCAAUCAUCGCCAAUCCGCCCAGUUUCGCGCAUGUACAUUGUGCCCAAGCAUUGGGUAUCCCACUCCAUCUUAUGUUUACCAUGCCCUGGAGCAGCACGCGAGCCUUUCCGCACCCGCUGGCGAACUUUAAGGGCGGCGAAAUUUCAACUGCGCUUAUCAAUUACGCGUCUUAUGGCGUCGUCGAAUUCCUAACAUGGCAGGGUCUCGGAGAUGUCAUCAAUCGGUUUAGGCAUUCCUUGGACCUCGAAGACGUUCCUAUAUCGGUUGGACCUGUACUCGCUUCCACACUCAAGGUGCCCUUCACAUAUUGCUGGUCUCCAGCAUUGGUUCCGAAGCCAGCUGAUUGGGCAGCACAUAUCGAUGUUUGUGGUUUCUUCUUUCGCGAGCCGACGCCGUACGCACCGCCUGCGGAAAUAGAUCAGUUUCUGCGUAAUGGACUUCCGCCAGUGUAUAUCGGGUUCGGAAGUAUUGUCCUGGACGAUCCCGCGAAGAUGACAUCAAGUAUCCUAGAGACGGUGCGCGCCCUAGGUGUCCGAGCGAUAAUUUCGAGAGGAUGGAGCAACCUUGGUGCCGGCUUGCCAAACGACAAUAAGGACGUCCUGUUCAUCGGCGACUGUCCUCACGAAUGGUUGUUUCAGCAUGUCGCAGCGGUCGUUCAUCAUGGUGGAGCAGGCACAGCUGCAUGUGGACUGCGCAAUGCGUGCCCUACUGUUGUGGUACCCUUCUUUGGAGACCAACCAUUUUGGGGAGAGAUGAUAGCAGCAGCGGGAGCAGGUCCAAAGCCUAUUCCCCAUAAACUUCUGACCACCGAAAACCUUAUACCAGCUAUCCACUUCUGCCUCACGCGCGAAGCGAAGCAAGCAGCACGGGCUCUAUCUUCGCAGAUGGCGAGCGAGCGUGGUGUUGAAGCAGCUGCACAAUCUUUCCAUGCGAAUCUUCCUCUCGAGACAAUGCAAUGCGCUCUCUUGCCUACGGAGGUGGCAUCCUGGAAGGUGAAGAAGGGGUCUAUCAUCCUCUCCAAAUUGGCGGCACAGGUACUGAUUGAGAACGGUGUGAUUGUUCCUUCUGAUCUCGAGAAUCACGAAACAGACCAGUUCAUCAUCAUCAAUCAACGAUGGGAUCCCGUGACAAGCACAACUUCUGCUUGUGUCGGUAUUGUCGGAGAUAUGGGGAUGGCAGCGAAGGGAAUGGUUGUGGAUCCCUUCAGCGAGCCCAAAUACUACGUCACUUCUUCAGAGUCCUCAGCAUCGUCAGAGAAGGCGAACAGUGCGGCCGUUGCAGGCCGCGUGGCUGGCGGGGUCGCCAAAGGCUUCGGCAGAUUUGUGGGUGCGUUCUACAAAGGCGUCAUCGUUGAUCUUCCCCUCGCCACCACAGAAGGUUUCCGCAACGUACCGAGACUCUAUGGCGAAGAAGUCAAAGACCAUGGAGAGGUCACUGGUGCUCUUUCCGGAUUCCAAGUUGGUGGUAAGAACUUUGUGCACGGCAUUGCGGAUGGUUUCUCAGACCCUUUCCGUCAGACGUACGAGGGCGGCAAAAAGGAGGGCGCGAUCGGGUACGCGAAGGGCUUCGGCAAGGGGAUGGCUGGACUGGUUACGAAAACGAGCGCAGCGGCCGUAGGAAUCGUAGCAUACCCUGGAGAUGGUAUUGUCAAGAGCAUGAAGUACUUGGCGAAGAGCGGAACAAGAAAGCGUAUCAGAGCGGCUAAGUUGGUAGAGACUGAAUGGAUGGGCCGGAAAUCGGAGGCUGAUCUGAACGCUUUGGAGCUCAUUCGGGAGUUUGAAAGAUUAAGGAAGGGCAAGGAGAAGGUGAGGACGUAA